GCAGGCAGGCCAAGGAGGCGUUGUCGUAAAUGUGCCGCAAAGCAGCUCUGUUUAUCAAGGAGACGCCUAAUCAUUAGGUUUCUGAUUGUCGGCUUAAGCAAGGGACGAUGGACAGGAAAAAGAAGCCUUUGGACGUGACUGUGGCCUCGCUGGUAGACUUGAAGGCUGAACUUUUCCGAAAACAGGAAGAAUUCAAAAAAGAAAAACUUCUGAAAGAUGCUGGAGCCCCUGUAAAACCAAAAGCAACUAGCAAGAAACCAAGCAUUUGGACUAAGCAGAACAAAGGUGUUUCAGAUCGAGCUGAGAAAGAUGCUGAGCAGAAGAUAGAAGAGCAGCAAACAUUGGAUAAAUCAAGACAGAAACUAGAAGAAAAAGCACAGCUCUAUGAAAAGAUGACCAAAGGAGACUUUCCAGAUGAAGAAACUGAGGAUUUGUACCUUGUGGAUUUCACUCAGAAGAUCAUAGACAAACAUCGAGAAGUACAAGAACUGUGUGCAAAUGAAGCUGCUAGGCAGGCUGCAGAAAAGGACAAAGAGGAAGAAGAAAGAGUCUCAGAAGUAGAGAUUCCACCUCCACAGGAUCCCACUGAGGAAUGGGUUGACUAUGUGGAUUCCCUAGGUCGAUCUAGACGUUGUAUGAAGAAAGAUUUGCCACAUCUACUUCAAAUGGAUAAAGAGCUCCAGGGGAAGAGGCAAAUGACUGAAGGGAAGACUUUGUUGUCUGAAGACAUGAGAAGGGAGCUUCAACGUCAGGAAUGGGAAAAAGAGGAAGAAGAAGCCCUAAGGAGACCAAUGGGACCAAUACACUAUGAAGACAUUCGAGAAAAUGAGGCCAGACAGCUUGGUGUUGGUUACUUUGCCUUUGCCCGUGAUCAAGCUUUGAGGAAAAAACAAAUGGAAACUUUAGAAAUGCUAAGAGAACAGACUACAGACCAGAGAACAAAACGUGAACAUUUAAAGGAGAAACGGAAGGCUGUUCUGGAGGCUAGGCUGUCCAAAAUUAGAGCAAAGAAGCGACUAAGAGAUGGCGACACAAAGGAAAAUGGAGCAGAAGAUGUUGUUGAUCCAGUCCCAGCUGAGGCCAAGCCUGUUGAAGUGCCAAGGGUUUCUACAGAAAGUAGAAAGGUGGAAGUUGUCAUUCAGGAAAGAAAAGAUACUAAGCCUGGAGUACCCUAUGUUCGAGAAUGGGAUAAAGGCAAAGAAUUCACUUUUGGAAUGUGGUCAAAAAAGCAGACAGAACUAAGGAAUGAACGAGACCCAGAAUUUGCACCACCUUCUGCUUACUUUGUGGGCCAGAAAAGAGCUUGUGACUUUAAAACCCAGAAUUGGAACAAACCUGGAUCUUCAUAUGAAACAAUAGAACAAAAUCUGACAAGAAAUUUGCCAUCCUCCUCAACAGAAACUCUCAACAAUAACUCACAGAGCAAUCAGUUCCAGCCCACACAGGCAUAUGAGAGCAGCCCGCAAAAUCAAAAGCCAACUUACCAAAGUUUAGAUGAUAUGCUGUCCUACUAUAAACAAGUGACAUGAGCCUUACAUAUGAUAUAAAUCAUACCAAUAGUGUAUAGAUGAAGUAGAGAACUUUCUUUAGGGUUCUGACUACUUGCUCUCAUUAAAUGCUUGCCUUGCUCAGACGGAUAUAAAAUGUCUUUGCUCUGAGAUACUUUUAGUCUUACUGCAAAAACCAUGCUACUUCUGUCAAUACUGCUAUUAAAAGUUUCUGUUUUAAAGGUGA